UAUCAACAAUAUUUUUUCCUUUCAAUAUUAUUGCCUUUUCUAGGCUAAUAUACUCAUGGCUUGUAAGUCUGCUCGUGUCUUUUUCAGUUCGCGUUGUUGCUGCCGCAUUUUUCCCUGGUCAUCCAUCCUCUUCCUGCCGCUCGCUCUUUUGCCCACUCCCAACACACCACCCUUUAAAACUUUCUCCUGAGCUGUUAAAGUCCGUGGGAAUAUGUCGGAUGCUUUGUCGAGUCUUUCACCGAUAUGUUGCUUCGCGUUCUGUUGUUCCUUUUCCCUGUGGCCUUGUAGUGACCCCUUUGACCCCCCGGUACUUCCCAUCACGGGCCAUCAUGAACAUCGAGUCCUGCAUCCCCGAAGCAUCGUGGAGACUCAUCUCGGGCCUCUAUACCAUUGAUGGACCCCUCAUUUUAGUCGCCUCAUUCACCCUCACCUUCCUCAGCUUUCCGCUUCUCCCUGUCCUGUUUUUGGUCCCAUUACUGAUGCUGGCGCUCAAAUACAGCAGGUAGCGUGAGCUUAGUCUCACCUCCGGCCCUCCUAACAUCUGCUGUGACACAUCCGGAUCCUGUAUACAUCAAUGGCAAUGAUACCAUGUCGCCUGCGAGCUCCUCGCCAAGUGAGGGACCCUUAUCCGACGCUGAGGAGGAUGCGGGGGCCCAGCAGGAAUCUAUCUCCACUCCCGAAUCCGGGAAUCAGGACGAAGUGGUUUCGAGCGCCUCAUCCGAUGAGGGUGGUGAUGGCGGCCAAUCCGAGGAUGGGGACUAUGAGAUAGAGACCCCGGCAGAAGAACCAGCGGAUGACCAUAACGGUGACUCUGACGACUCAGACAUUCCUGUAAAGAGUGCUGGGAGCUUGAGGCGAACCGCGAAAUCGAAACCCGCUGACGACUUUCACGAGAACCCAGACCUUUAUGGCUUACGUAGGAGUGAACGUGCUCGACCUGCUGCUCGCCCAGUGGUUGAUACUACCUCCGAUUCAGAUGACUCGGAACCCAAGAGCAACCGCAAGAGGCGGAGAACUGUUACUGCCCCUCGGUCGUCUAAGUCUUCCAAGCGUAAUACUCCAGCCCUUGGGUGUGGAUCCGGGGAUAGCGACGAUGACGAGGAUGACUAUGGCGUUCGAAAGGCUUCAAAGUCAAGGGGCAAGCGUCGGCGCGUUGUGGUUUCUGAUGCGCCCUCGGCCGACGGUCUCCGGUUUUCGACCCGCAAGGCGGCCAAAAUCACUAGUUAUAACGAAGACGGAGAUGAUGACUUUGAGGAGGAGGAGGAUGGUGCCAUUGCCUACGAAUGCGCAGACCCGGGUGCAGAUGUAGGAGGCAUUGAUUCGAUACUUGAUCAUCGACCUCGUGAGGGCAUAGACUCAACCGAUCCGAUCAUGGAGCGAGGAGAACUUCAAUUCUACAUCAAAUGGCAGGGCUUAUCGCAUUAUCACUCGACUUGGGAGACAGCCGAGGCACUAGCUGGAUGUAAGGGAAUCAGGAAGCUCGACAACUACAUGAAAAAGGUCGUCCUCGAGGACUAUUACGCUAGGACCAACCCUUUUAUCACCAGGGAAGAGGUUGAGAACAUGACCCUGGAGCGUGAGCGAUUGCGUGAAUCACUUGCUGAAUUUGUUCAUGUGGAGAGGGUUAUUGGGGACCAAGUCAAUGAAGAAGGAAAUCGGGAGUACAUGAUUAAAUGGAAGCGGCUUGCAUAUGAAAAUUGUACCUGGGAGAGCGCCGAGCUGAUCACAGAAAUCGCCCCCGAUGAAAUCGACAAAUACCGUGUCCGUGAAAAGACCCUUCCAUAUUCGAAGAAAUCCGAGAGCGAUGUGAGGACUCGUCGGCCCUACAAGAAACUUGAGGGCCAGCCUAGUUAUAUCAAAGGAGGAGAGUUACGUGACUUCCAAAUGAAGGGGUUAAACUGGUUGGCCUAUAACUGGACCAAUGGCAACAAUGGGAUAUUGGCAGACGAGAUGGGUCUUGGGAAGACGGUUCAAACAGUCGCUUUUAUGAGUUGGCUCCGUCAUGACCGACAUCAGCAUGGACCGUUCCUAGUUGUUGUGCCCUUAUCCACAGUACCAUCAUGGGCCGAAACCCUGGAGAACUGGGCGCCGGAUAUGAAUUUUAUAGUCUACACUGGCACAGGAAAAGCGCGUGAAGUAAUCCGCAAAUACGAAAUGUUUGCAGACCCUGGAAUGACCAAGGUUAAGUUUAACUGCAUGGUUACGACCUACGAAUACAUUCUGAACGACUUCGCUACCUUGGGGAACAUUAAGUGGCAGUUUCUGGCAGUUGACGAAGCGCAUAGGCUCAAGAAUAAAGAAUCAGCCCUAUAUGACAAGCUGAAUGUCUUCAAAGCUCCUUGCCGUCUCCUGAUUACUGGGACCCCAUUGCAGAACAACUUGAAGGAACUUGGGGCAUUGGUCGAUUUUCUUAUGCCUGGUAAAAUAAGCAUAGACAAUGAUGUUGAUCUUCAGUCCAAGGAUGCUGGUCGACAAAUUGAGCAACUUCAACAAGCUCUGAAACCCUAUAUGCUCAGACGCGUUAAGAAAUCAGUCGAAAAAUCGUUGCCUGGGAAAACGGAGAAGAUUAUUCGGGUUGAACUUUCAGAUGUCCAGACUGAGUACUAUAAGGCAAUCAUCACUCGCAAUUAUGCGGCCUUAAAUGCUGGUGCUACGGGUCCAAAACAAUCCUUACUUAAUAUCGUCAUGGAGUUAAAGAAGAUCAGCAACCAUCCAUUUAUGUUCCCACCUGCCGAGCAGCGCAUCCUCGGUGGCAGCAAUAGGCGAGAGGAUGUGUUGAAGGCGUUGAUUAUGAGUAGUGGAAAGAUGGUUCUAUUAGAUCAGUUGCUCACGAAGCUUAAGGCAGAUAAUCACCGCGUUCUGGUAUUUAGCCAGAUGGUGCAUAUGCUGGAUAUUCUUGCCGACUAUCUUAAUCUCAAGGGGUUCUCCUUUCAGCGCCUUGAUGGAACAAUUGCAGCUGGACCUCGCCGGAUUGCUAUCGAUCAUUUCAACGCACCAGAGAGUCCAGAUUUCUGCUUCUUGUUAAGUACACGUGCUGGCGGUCUAGGGAUUAACUUGAUGACAGCAGAUACUGUUAUCCUUUUUGAUUCAGACUGGAAUCCUCAGGCUGAUCUGCAGGCUAUGGCUCGUGCUCAUCGUAUAGGCCAGAAGGCACACGUGAUGGUGUAUCGAUUGGUAUCAAAAGAUACAAUCGAAGAAGAGGUCCUGGAACGUGCCCGGAACAAGAUGAUUCUUGAGCACUUGGUUAUUUCGCUCGGUGUCACUGAUAAAGGCAUUACGGAUAAAGUCAAGAAGAAGACAGAUCGGUUAGAGUCAGCUGAACUUUCCGCCAUUCUCAAGGCUCGUGCGUCAAAAAUGUUCGAGGCUACUGAUAACCAGAAGAAGUUGGAGGAACUCAAGAUUGAUGAUAUUCUUCUAAAUGCUGAGGAUCACAUUACUCAGAUUGAACCUGGCUUAGGUGGUGAAGGAGGAGAUGAGUUUCUCAAGCAGUUUGAAGUAACAGACUUUAAGGCUGAAGUCUCAUGGGAUGAUAUCAUCCCUAAGGAGGAAUUAGAUGCUAUCAAGUCCGAGGAACAGAAGGAAGAGGAGCAAGCGUUUUUGAAAGAGCAAAUUGAUAUGAAUGCGAGACGGAAACGGAAGUCGGCCACAAAUGGAGAACUCGAGGGACGGUCAGCUAAGAGGCGGGCCAAGGAGUUAUCCGCUGCCCAUAUCGAUAGCGAAGAUGAUGAGCCCGAGAAGGACCCUCGCCGACCUCUCACUGGACCCGAAAUUAGAAACCUUUAUCGAGCCUAUGCCCGAUAUGGUUGCCUUGAGCAGUGUUGGGAGCAGAUUGUUAAAGCCUGCGGAUUGGAGGACCGUGACCCAGACUUGGUUAAGACCACUAUCGCCGACAUGACCCAGAUUGGUGAGGAAGCGAUUGCACGCCAACGCGCUAUUGAUGAUGGCACGGGAAAAAAGUCAAAACAGGCUAUCUUGUUUACCUAUAAGGGAUGCCCGAACAUCAAUGCGCAAACAGUGGUCGAGAGGCCUAGGGAAUUAAAGGAGCUUCGUAGAGCUGUUGCAUCUUUCAGUGAACCUUUGAAGUUUCGAAUUGAGGAUGUCAAACCAGUGCAUAAUUGGGCUUGCGAGUGGGGUACUCGUGAAGACGCCAUGCUUUGCGUUGGCAUCGCUAGACAUGGAUAUGGAAGUUGGAACCUGAUCCGUGACGACCCUGAGCUUGGAAUGGGCGACAGAUUCUUCUUGGAGGAGCAUCGGGUUGGAAAAAAGGAUGAGGCAGCAAAAUCACCCGGAGCAGUUCAUCUUGUCCGCAGAGCAGACUACUUGCUUGGAGUGAUGAGAGCUCGAUUCGAAGCAGCUUCUAUCGCGGCACCUUCCACAGCCAGACAUCGGAGGUCACCAGAUGCUAAUUCUCGCCAGCCACAAAAGAGGAAUGGGGCCUCAGCAGUCGAUAGAGUUACUAAGAAGGAUCGUGUCUCUUUAUCAGCGUCACCCGCGCCAUCUAAGAAGUAUAGAUAUCAGACGGCUGACCCAAGCGAGAAGCACCGUCCCGAAAAGCACCGUCCUGAAAAACACCGCCCUGAAAAACACCGUCCCGAAAACCACCGUUCCGAGACGCACCGUCCUGAGAAGCGUCGCCAUGAGGAGAAGGGGCGUUAUCAGGAAAAAGUCCGCUACGAGGAGAAGGAGCGCUACCAAGACAGGGCCCGUUAUCAGGAGAAAGGGCGUAUUCAGGACAAGACUUCCGUUUCCUCGAAAAAGCACAAGAGCGAUGGCCAUGAAGUUGAUAGCGCGAACCGGAAAAAGGCGAAGUCCUCCCCGCCUCCCAAGGCUAAUGCAAAGGGCAACGGUCAUGUCACUGAAGUGAAUAGGCCAUUGACCGCAGAGGAAUCCGUGGCCGAGGUGCUUCCUUCCUUCCCCCCUUGAUUUUCAUUCGAACAUAGACUAAUUGAACUUACAGAGUAAAUUGCGCCCUGUUCGUCGCAAAUUGGAAGCUCUCGAGCAUGUCAAGGAGCUCCAGAAAACGGAUAGACUUAAAGUUUUGAAGGAAAAUCUCCUGGCAGUUGGCAAGUUUAUCAACAAACUUGAGAGAACUGAGAACGGGAGCAAUGUUCACCAAAAUCUUUGGUAUGUCGUUUGGCGCUUCUGGCCCCACCAUGAGAAGCCAUGGCAGGCGCUGGCGGAGUUUUCCGCCAAACUGAUAGAGAGCGAGCGGGCCGAAAGGGAGGCGGUGGGGGCAAACUCUACAUAAUGGGUUCGAACGGCGUUUGAAACUAGGUCAAAUUAGGUUCAUGAUUCCUUUAUUUCGUUCUUGUCUAUAGCUCUAGGGUGUUGGUCAUUUUUUUUCCUUCCCAUUAUAUUUCUCAACUCUUUAUCCCCUAUUCGUCCAUGUUUCUAACUUCCCUCUCGUGGUCUUUCCCAAUGGUGUUUUCUCUCUCCAUUUUACUCGCACCUCCUCCCUUUUCUCGUUAUAUUUACAUAUUUGAGGGCAUAGCAAGCGAACUUAACGGCGUCAUGUGAAAAUUUUGUGGGGUUUGUCCUUUAUUUUACUUUUUCUGUGGGUGUAUAGUGGGUUUAAGGUCGGUGCGAUUUGUCUUUUAUUAUUAUUAUUACCAAGGUUUGAAUUUCAAUUCCAUAGGUUGCGGGUUCUUAUUCUCUUUUCUAGGUCAAUUAUUCCAUGUAUUUUUUUAUUUUCUCUCCCCUUCUCCACUUUUCUUUUGCUUCCAGAAACAGCGGUGGAAGGUUCUUACGACCCCUAACGAAUAGCACCGGCAAGGCCGAUGACGGGAUUCGUAAGCUGGGGGGGGGGGGUAUGCUGUAUUUUAUGAGAGGGAGAGGCGGAUCGGAUGAAAUGAGAUGAAACAGAAAACAAAAAAA